UUUUAUCUUGAUGUCUUUAUUAGGCCAUCCGUCCGUUGCGCUCAAGUAAUUGAGCUACCAGCCGCGCCUAUUAGUCAAAUUGUCUGGGAUCGUACAACAACGAAUGUUUUGCUGGCCGUGUCACCCAAUAGCAACAAAAUAAUGGUAAGCAAACAUGACAGCACCCAGGUUAAAACUACCAACUCUAGAGUUUACGACCGUAGCACGUGGCGUGAGGAGCGGUGGAGUGGCCUGGCAGGUCGAGCAGUUAGCGCUGUCUGGUCGCCAUCAGGAGAUUCCUUAGUGUUCUCCUCAGAGGACAGCUAUCAGAUCUAUGCGAUUUCAUUUGUGGCAAAGAAUGAAAUUAAUGAAGACGGAAUCUCUGAAGCACGGUGGACUGGUGACACUUGUGCCGUUCCAAUAUUCGAUGUGUCACCGGUGGAGUUUGACCCGUCAGAGCUUGAGGUAGAUGGAGCUGUCGAAAGAGAAAUUGUUACAAUUGGUGGAAAGAUUCAUAAUUUGACGUUGAGCCCUGAUGGACAAAGAUUGGCAGUCAGUUUCAAAGGUAUUUUUUAUUUGAUAGAUUAUUGUCUUCUCAUCGUAACCAUGGGACGUAUUUUAUUUUUUUCUUCUGACUCAAACCACCUGAGCUGCAAGCGCCGGCAUCCAGUAGCGCCAAAACACAUUGGAUCAACCAGUUAA